AUGCCCCUGACCAGAAUUGUACCUGGGACCUUUCAGUCUGCAGGUGGAUGCUCUAUCCACUGAGCCAAACCAGUUUUGGCCAUAGCAGUUUCUUGAUUGACUUCCUGGACUUGCACCUGUAUCCAAGCACGCUGUCUCCCCACUAGGUCUGCUUUCUGUGUUCAAGAUUCAACAAUGCCCUCCUGAUUCCCUUCUCUAACUUUAGUCUCUGUACAUCUGUGCUUAAUCCCUAUUCUGUGUUAAAUCAUUCAUUUAUUAAAUCAAAUUUUACUGAAUAUCUGCAAUAUGUACAUACUGUUGUAUCAGUUUAUGUAGCAGUUCACAAAACAGCCAAGACUUCUUGUAUUCACUGUUUCUGCACCAAUUUCUUCUACCAAACAUGGAGUUCAAAACAAAACAAAACACAACAUCGACAAAAAACAUGGAGUUCUUGCAGGGCAGGGACAAAAUCUCUUUUCUGUGACCCACUCCCUAGUACUUAUUUAGAGAAAACUCAAAUUUGGAAUUAAUGAAUAAAUUACAACCUCCCCAUCACGUUGGCUCACAUCAUACCCCAUGUGCUAAUCCAAAGGAUUGUAGGAGAGGCUACCAAGACCUAUAGCUCUUUUGUCCCUCAAAUCAAGACCAUGGAGUUCUUAUUAAGUGCUGAGGGCUCCUGAAGGGUAGGAGGCAGCUCCAGCUUGCCCCUGGGUUAGUAACUUGAACUGCAGGUUUCAGGUGACAUCAGCAGUCUCAGCAUCAAUAAUUGAGAGCAAGUCCAGCCUGCCUCAGGAUUCUACCCCUACCCUCCAAGGACUUCCCCCUUCUGUCCUAUGCUCCGAUCUUCCUCAAGCAGGAGCCGCCAGCCCAGGACCCCUACCAGGACCAGGUAGGGACCAUGUCUCCUGCCAUCGCACUAGCCUUCCUGCCACUGGUGGUGACAUUGUUGGUGCGGUACCGGCACCAUUUCCGACUUCUGGUGCACACGGUCUUGCUGCGGAGCCUCCGAGACUACCUGUCAGGGCUGCGGGUUGAGGAACGGGCCUUCAGCUAUGUGCUCACCCACGCCCUGCCUGGGGACCCUACUCAAAUCCUCACCACCCUGGACCACUGGAGCAGUCACUGCGAGUACCUGAGCCACAUGGGGCCUGCCAAAGGUCAGAUCCUGAUACGGCUGGUGGAAGAAAAGGCCCCUGCUUGUGUGCUGGAGCUGGGUACCCACUGCGGCUACUCCACACUGCAUAUUGCCCGGGCCCUGCCCCCUGGGAGCCGCCUUCUCACUGUAGAGCGGGACCCACGCACAGCAGUGGUGGCUGAAAAACUCAUCCGCUUGGCUGGCUUCGACGAGCGCAAGGUGGAGCUCAUCGUGGGUAACUCAGAGGAGGUGAUCACGAGCCUACGAGCCCAGUACCAGCUGAGUCGAGUAGAUUUGGUACUCCUGGCACACCGGCCCCGAUGUUACCUGCGGGACCUGCAGCUUCUGGAGGGUCACGCUCUGCUGCCAGUUGGUGCCACUGUGUUGGCGGACCACGUGCUCUUCCCUGGUGCCCCCCGCUUCCUGCAGUACGCCAAGAGCUGUGGCCGCUACCGCUGCCGCCUCCAUCACACUGGCCUCCCAGACUUUCCUGCCAUUAAGGACGGCAUAGCCCAGCUCACCUACUCGGGACCUGGCUGAGGUCGAGGCCCAGGGGUACUAACUGCUGCCCACCUCACCCCCACCCAAGCAAGGACCUCAGAACAUCCCUUCCCCUCCCUGCUUGUGGCCUGACACACGCUGGGCUUGGAGUUGGGGAGACUCUCCUCCUACCUCUGCCCUAUGCACCAGAGGCAUCAAGUUCUGUCUGACUGCUUGGUCCCACCGCUUCCAGAAAAAGCCAGGAACUGACCGGCAAAGGCCUGAGCUCCCACCCCAGCUCUGUCGCUGAUUUGCUGGGUGGCUCCAGGGGAGUCCCUGCCCUGCUCUGAGACUUAAUCUGCUCUCUUAAGGAAACUGGCUGGAAGAGUUUUAGAUGCUUCCUAGCUCUGAAACACAAAAAGCCUGCCCUCCCCAGCCCAUGACAUUGUGGAUAGAAUUAAAAGAAACAGUAAACUCUGAGUUAGAAGCCCUGCAGGAAUGGCUGGUGCAAUGUAAACUAGAGCAGAAGGCAGUGAAGCCUGGGCCCUGGCCUUCCCUAGCCCUGGCCCAAUGGCCAGGUAGGUUUCCCUGAAGUCCCUUAAAUGCCCUCUCCCAAAAGGUCAAGAAAAGAUGCUGGAUUCCUCUGGACCCCACCAAAAAAAAAGUGUGGGGGG